AUGCAUGGUACACUCCAUUUGACUACCCACAUAUUCACCACUCCCAACCCUGUCCCCAAACCUACUGCUGUGCAGCCCAGGGUUGUGUACCAUUGCCUAGAGAUUCCUGAGUGUAUGGACAGACUGCUGUCUGGUGUUGACCUUGGAAUUUUGGUUGACACAUACUGCCAAGAAUGUGUAGUGACUCAUCAUGGAGAUCACCCAUUGCACUGUGUGAGGGAGUGGAAUGGCAGAUACUUUGCAAGCAAAACAUUGAAGGAGUUGGGCUUGAUUGUGCAGUUGGGCCAUCCUAUUGGUGAAAGGUGCUGCAGGCCCCAGUCUGUCCUGAAAGAUGAGUUUGUUGUUAUGUACAGGAAUGGGAUUCACAUUGUCAGCCUUACCUUCUGUGGGUCAAUGUUCCAAGUGCUGGAAGACUUUCAUCUCCUGUCAUUAGAAUCCAAGCUUUCUUGUUACAAGUGUUACAGCACCUUGUCACGUUGUUCAGAUAAUACUGGAUUAAAUCCACCUAAGGCUCGUUACGAACAGUUUUUGAGAAUGGUCCAUCAAUGGCACCACCUCAAGAUGCUCAAACAUUCAGGACGAGGACAUGAUCCUGCUGGUGUUUUGAAUACAAAAGAAGGUGAAUGUGCAGUGUUAUGUCCAGCAUGCCCUCAACCUGGGAAGAACAUGACAGGGUCACCAGAAAGAGAUGUUGACACACUUUUUGUUGCUCUUGAUGCCAACUUUCACCUCAGAUGUCAUGCAGUCUCAAAUAAUGAGAAUGAUCUGAGCCUCAGUCAGGGCUGGGCAUAUUUUGUGGAGGACACCAUGUUCAAGAGAUGCUUAAGUGACCACUGGCAUGAUAUCCAAGAGAAAAGCACAUGCUCAAAUCACAAUGCAGUGAAUAUGGCAGAUGCAAAGUCAAAGAAGGGUUGCGAUGUGACUGGCGUUGGCAUGGUUGUUUGCACCAGGCAUGGCAUGAGGCUCCCAAAUGGGAUAGUUGACCUACAAUACAGUGAAAGAUAUGUGAAUAUGGACUGUGCAUUUGCAUCUGCACUACACCACUCAGAUGUGACUGUCCUCAAAGUUUCAUACAACAUUGCCUGCCAGUGGCACAAGAAGUUAUAUCAGCAGAUGGACCAGAUGCCACCUUCUUUACAGUCAAACUUACAUGACUGGGCUGUUAUGUUUCUCAUACCCAAGUUUCACCUUCCUGCCCACAUUGCCUCAUGCCAAUGGUCCUUCUCCUUCAAUUGGACCAAGGGUGUUGGUCAGACAGAUGGCAAAGAACCUGAGCAUGGAUGGGCAAACCUUAACCCUGCUGCUUCAAGCAUGAAGACCAUGGGCCCUGGUCAUUGCACUUCUCUUCUUAGGAAGGUAAAGGAGGCCAUCCCUGAGCACAAUGAUCAUCAAUGUGACUUUGAAGAAUUAACAUGGUUGCUCAAGCUCAAGUUUCCUGAGCAACUUGCUCUAUGGAAGCAGCAGGUAGAGGACUGGGAAGCUGACUUGACCAAGCCUAAUCCAUUUGAAGUCAAGAAUGAUGGUAUCAUGCAAGCUAGUAUCUGCUUACAAUUGGCGAAGGAUGAGGCCGAUGCACUUGUGGGAGGGAAUGUAACCCUGAGUGUUCUCAUUGGUGCUGGGAUUGACCUAGAGGAUCAGCAGGUUCAACAACAAAGCAAUGCACUGGUGAGGCAAAUCAAGGCAUGGCAAAAACUUCAAGUCCUGUUUAUGCCUGGUUGGCCAGAGUUUGCCAGUCAACCUCAUUCCCUGGAGGACAUCCCGUUUGGCAAAGUCGCAUGUCUACUGAAAUUGGCAAUGGGUCAAGCACACAAUGCAUUGAAUGAUCUGUGCCAGGGUCUUCGAUCUUGUGCAUACAUGCUCAAAUUCAAGGAUCAUUUUUUAUGUGCCCUAGAUACCAAGAUAAAUACUGCUGCUACAAGGUAUCAUGUAGUUUAUCAAGCAUUAACCAUUCUUGCCCCCCUGGUUGGACAAGUUAGGUGGAGGGACAAGCUUCACCCACUUGCAGAUGAGGACAUUAGUGCACUCACAGAUGCUUACAACCUCUGGCCUGGAGAGGGACAGUGCCAUGUUUCUUGGAUUUGGUGGUUAUAUGGGUACAGUGAUCACACCACAGAGAAGGAAUCAGAUGAUGGUUUUCAGGAGGCCAUCUGUGUGGAGUGGUGCAAAGCAUGCACAUGUGCACACUGCUGGGAAGAGGAGGUUAGGCUACUAUUUGAAGAAAAGCAAUGUACAUUACAGUUUCUUGAGUGGCACACAAAUUGCACCAUAGCACCAUUGGGUAGUGUUGCUGUUGCAUUAUUAUACUAA